UGUGGGUUUCAGCCAAGGCUGCAGCGCCCGGCUCCCGAGCAAGAGAGCAAAGCCGCGGCUUCCUCCAGCGCCCCGCAGCCGGGCGAUGCGAUUUCCCGAGCCUCCCCGGCGCAGCCCGGGCUCUGGCUCCCUGGCACCGGCCGAGACCGCGAGGUCCCGGAGCCGCCACGGCUAGAGGAGGAGGCAGGGACGGGGAGCUGAGAGUCCCAGCCUCCCUCCCCCACCCUCGCCCCAUUCACCUCGGCGACCACCGCUCCUGGAGCCGGAUCGUGGAACGCCGAGGCCGGACGCGACUCUCUGCGUGCUGCCGAGUGAGCCGGCAUCUCAACCCCUGGGUGGGCUGCGAAGAAAAUGGUGCAGUCUGAGAGCGGCUGACCCCAGCUGGACCGAGCAGACGGAGUGCUGGAGUGCCGGGGUUCAGGUGGCGGGAGAAGGGGGCGGAUUGCGUCGGAGGGCCGGAGCCGUUGUUUUCCUGGGUACCUGCAGCACCCGGGCAGCACGUUCCCGGGGCUACACGGGAGCCCGAUGAAGUGAGGCGGAGGCGUCGCGGGAGAGGCGGGUUUGAAGGUGGCCGGGUGGACACUUCGGGAAGAAGACGGCAGUGGUGGGGGCGGCAUGACGCCCUGGGGGCUGGCUGCUGGGCGGGCCGGGCGCGGCGAUCGCGCGACCUGUCCAUGGUGUUGAAGGCGCCGUGCGUCGAUCCCCGCGCGCCCCGCUCUGUGCGCCCUGCCGGGUGCACCCUCCUCGGCGCAGCCAGCCUCUCGCGCCCGCGGGCUGCCGCCCAGUCGCCGCAAAGCCCCGACCAAGGCUCGUCCGGUAACGCCGUCUGGGUGACCGCACCGUCGGCCCGAGGGGCCGCCUGAAUGGCGAAGCAAGAGGCAGACGACCCGGGAGCUCGCGGGGAAAGGUCGGGCGAGACCGUGCACCGACUGGGAGCCCGCCUCUGAACGCUCCGCGCUGGCCAGAAGGAGCAAAGGACCAGCUGGUGACCAGAGGACACAGAAUUUUUAAAAAUUUUUUGGGUAAAAGACCUGAUCCAGAGACUUCUCUUGCAGACCAGAAAGGGUAGAGUCGCUGAGAGGGAGACCCAGGCGGGACUCAGGGCAGCCUACCCUGGCUUCUGGAGGUUUCCUGAGCUGGCCGGCCGCAUCGAGGGUGAUUCAAUUUAUCCCGUCGCCUAGCAUCUCCUCCUGAUAGACCCCUCCCCCAAGAAAGCCAAGCGAGUGGGUCCCGCCACUCUGCACAAAGAAAGCCCAGGAGUCCCACCGCAACAGAGGGCACUUCGUGUUUAGUUUCCGGCCCGAGGGCAGCGUCGCCCGAAACCCGGCUGAGUGCUGCGGGCGCGGCGGGUUCCGAGAAGCAGCUUCUUGCGGGGCAGGGAGGGGGCGGGAGGCGGCCUGGCCCGGCGCGGCGCCGCCAGAGGCUGCGCCUGCUCGGGAGGACGCCCAGGGGAUCGCCGGAGCCUCUCCCGAUCAGAACUUUUUACGCUGCCCGCCCCCAUCCCCUGAGGUCCCUGGGCUGCUCACCAGCAGGCAGGGGCCGAGGGGCGCCGCUGCGGAGUCCCCUUGCCGUCCGCUCCUCGGCUCGGCCGCCCGCAGCUUUGUUCCGGGCGCGCUGAGGGAAGGAGAGGCUGCGGCGGAUCAUGCCCAAGGUGUAGCCGCGAAGCGGAGGCAUGGCUGCCGGAAGGUUACUGCUCUACACGGGCCUCUCGCUAGCGCUCUGCGCCCUCGGCAUGCUGGCCGUGGCCAUAUGCUCAGACCACUGGUACGAGACGGACGCCAGGAAGCACAGGGACAGGUGCAAGGCCUUCAACACUCGCCGGAUCGACCCCGGCUUCAUUUACAACAACAACAACAACUUGCCACUCCGGGCCAGCCGCUCGCGCCUGGACCGCUGGGAGGGCAAGCUCCUCCGGGCCCGCAAUCGCCGGCAACUCUUCGCCAUGAGCCCCGCCGACGAGUGCAGCCGGCAGUACAACUCCACCAACAUGGGCCUCUGGAGGAAGUGCCACCGACAAGGCUUCGACCCCGAGAUCGCGGCCCUGAUUCGGAAAGGAGAAAUUGAGCGGUGCACGUACAUCAAAUACCACUACUCCUCAGCCACCAUCCCCAGGAACCUCACCUUCAACAUCACGAAGACCAUCCGCCAGGAUGAGUGGCACGCUCUGCACCUGCGCAGGAUGACGGCCGGCUUCAUGGGCAUGGCGGUGGCCAUCAUCCUCUUCGGCUGGAUCAUCGGCGUGCUGGGCUGCUGCUGGGACCGAGGCCUUAUGCAGUAUGUGGCCGGGCUGCUCUUCCUCAUGGGAGGAACUUUCUGCAUCAUCUCACUGUGCACCUGUGUGGCCGGGAUCAACUUUGAGCUGUCACGUUACCCCCGCUACCUGUACGGACUCCCCGACGACAUCAGCCAUGGCUACGGAUGGUCCAUGUUCUGUGCAUGGGGGGGCCUGGGCCUCACUCUGAUCUCGGGAUUCUUCUGUACCUUGGCCCCUUCUGUCCAACCUGUCCCGAGGACCAACUGCCCCAAAUCCAGACCCGAGAACGGGACAGUGUGCUAAAACAAGCAGCCCAUACUCACACCCACACACAUAUAUAUAUAUAAAUAUAUAUAUAAUAUACAUAUAUAUGACAAAGCUCAAUCAAGACAAUGCCAGUGCCAAGGCAGAGCGGGGGUCGGCUCAGGCACCCACACCUCGCCGGACUCUGUGUCGCCUCAUCACCGAGAUGGGGGAAGGCGUUCCCCUCACGUGGCUCUUCCAUCGAUCCGUAACUUCUGACUCCGUGGUUUCUUGAGGACAGCGUGAGCAUCACCCCUCAAAGACAGGGUCCCAAUUCCCACCACUCGCAAGGACGGGGGCAUGGAGGGGGGGAGGCUGGGGAGAGAUGGUGCCUGUGGUCCAGGGUGGCACAGAUGUAGACAAGAAAAUGCCCUCCCCUGAGCUGACAGGACGGGACACCACCCCAACCCCGAUCAUAUCGCAGAGAAACAACGCCCUUAGUUCAUAGAAUGUAACCAGUUCUUCGAGGCCGUUUCCAGAACCAUUUUAUUCUCCUGCUCUUCCUGUUCUGAUUUCCUUCCUGGCUGACCAGCGACACACCAGAAAGUGGAAGAGAAAACACACCAAAAGGAAGUUUUCUCUCUGCUGCCAAACUUUUGGAUGAAGUUCCGGAGGUGGGAAUGGGGAGAGAACGCCGUGCUGAGAGGCAAGACCCACAUCAAUGAAAGGACACUUCCGUGGAUGCUCAGAAAGCCCAGUCUUACCUUCCAGCUGCCUUACACCCAGUUAAACAAGAGGCUGCCCAGCCCUGAACCCAACCUGCGCUCCCUGGGCAGAUCGGAGCCUUGGAGUAACCUCUGGUGUGUGUGUAUGCGUGCAUGUAUGUGUGCAACAACUUUGGAUGGUUUCCUUUUUUUCCUUUUCACCUUUUAAAAAUACUGCUGGAUCAUGACUGUUGUCUAUCAUUUGUGGUGGUUUCCUGGCCCAGGAUGGAGGCCCUAGGAACAAGGUGGGCCUCUAUGGGUGCCAGUUCUGCAGCUUGACAUCCCUGCUGUGUGUGUGCGCGUCUGUGUUUUCUGAGUGUGGGAUUUCUAUCAUUUGUGUUGCGUUUUUCUAUUAUUUUUAGUGCAGCUGAAAUUCCCCGAGGGCAGAACCAAGAACGCAAGCACUGGGCAGAGGACCUGUGGUGCUGCACAUCUCGGGGCUGGGAUGCCACGGGACUCGGCCCCUAACUUUGGAGGUUCAAGACACAUCUGGGCACACAAGCCGUGAGCAAAGAAGGGAGCACAGAUCAAGAGGGAGAAGGGGAGUGGCCUCAGUUACCGCUGGAUAAAGUCCGUACACCAAACGAGACCUUUCCCUUCCCAUCACGGAAGCUGUCCUUUGUCACUGGACAUCCACCCCUUUGCUAGGGGCAACCUCUGUACAGACGAGAGAAAAUGGGUCCCAUGCAGAGAGAGCCGCCAUGUCCCAUGGGCUCCAAUUUGUAUGAUAUUGUGUAAAUUCACAGAGAACUCUUGACUCUUGCCAUCUUCGUCCUUUCCCUCUUGAUAUUCAAGGCCAUGAAUCCCCAAAUCACCAUUGUGAUGGCUAGCAUCCAAGCAGAGGUGGCCUCGGUCCAGCCCAGAGUCCCAGGCUUGGUGGAGCACGUUGGCACUGCAGGUGUUGGCGAGCUGUGAUGUCGGCCAGAGGGUUGUGAAAGCUAUGGGGACGGGAUCUGCUGGCAGGAGUGGGCAGCAGCAGCCAGUGGUCACCUCGGUGACCCCACAGGGGCCAAGCAGCCCUGGUAGGCAAAGAGUGAAUUCCCCGAGCAGUCCAGCCAUGGGUCCACCGCAUAGCCGAGGAUUCAGUUGUUUCAUAACUGAAUGUGCUCUGGGCACUUUGCCUCUCACUCAGCAGCCUUCCCCCCAGCCGUGCCCUCUGUUUCAUCUCCCUGUCUUCUGCCCCAUCUCCUCUCCAGCUCCCCCCUUCCCCCACCUAUGAACCAUUUCCCGUCUCACUCUUCCACCCACCAGGCUCUAAGUCCUGCCUCUCUCCUCAUCUGCUCUUAUUGACUGUGUGUGUAUGUGUGUGUGCAAUUCACGUCCAAAUAGGGCAUCUGACAUGCACGGAUGGGUGUGAGUGUGGGUCUGUGUGUGUGUGUAUCUCUGGUGCAUUUUGUGUACAUUUGUGUCAAUGCACACCUGGACACAGAUCCGGGUGUACUACUCAAGACUUCCUUGCUAGCGACACGGGUCAGCUUCCUCACAAAGGCUCACAUGUGAGUGCCCUGUGCGUGGGGUGCUGGGAGAUGACCUGGCGGGAAAUGCUGUUAGCUCCCAAUUGUACCUCUGAGGAUGACUUUUAAAAACAGAGGAUUUAUUCUAUGAGAAAGGAGAGAAUUUUCAGGAGAACCCAGUGUUUCAAUUGUUUAGGGAAUUUUUAAAAAAUAAUUUUCUUUGAAAAGUUCAAUUUCCCGCUUCAGGGGAAAGGCAUACUUGGGCUUGAGGAAAAGUAAGGGGAAGUAUCUCAGAUUGAGAGACCCGUGCCUCGCUUCCAGGCCUCUGGGCUGGGGUCCACCUGCAGGGAGAGGUGGGGGCCACCAGCCUUUGUUUGGGGCAGAGGGCUUGUCUGUGACCAGAUCACAGGGCUUGUGACCAGAUCCGAACUUCAGCUAGUUCCCAGUUGUGGAAAAAUGGAGAAAGAAAUUCCAAACAGGGCAAUUUGUAAACAGUCAUUUAAAUUCUUCUUAAGUAACUUUUCUUAAGGAACCAGUACUGUUCACCAACCUGUGAUUUAUACCCCUUUUUUAAAAAUCCUGUGCUUGCCAGCACUCUCUCUGACUGCUCAUCUUUAUUGUUGUUGUUAUUGAGUUGCUAAGUGGUGUCUGACUCUUUGUGACCCCAUGGACUGCAGCACAC